GAAAUCAACCAACUGAAUGACCCGGCUGCUGCAGGUGAAAACAAACCACGUGUCGGUGAUUCUACCGUCCACGAGCCCGGUCAUCCGUUGAAUGUGGGUCCCGAUGGAAUGCCGCCCGGUCCGGCUCAACAUUCAGACGGAAAUUCGGACCUUGCUGCGGCUGGCGCUGGUGGUGCGCUGGAAGUGAAGGAUCCGAAACAAGCUGGAAAGCUGCACGCCAACAAGGAACUGAAGGAGGAAAUGGAUCUCGACUUUGAGGAAAUUUCCGAUGGCGAACUGGAAGAGGAGAACAAGUUCAAGGGCCUUGGCGAUGCCCUCGGCGUCGAUUGGGCCAGCUUGGCGCAGGAAACUCGCGCCAAACUCAAACCGGAACAAACCAUUCCGGUUUCCGCUCGCAACCGCUGGAAGGCACAUCACAUUCUGUUGGACAUAGGUAUUUCGGUACGGUUGGCCGGUGAGGCUUACGCCCAGCGUGUCCUCACCGAGUCCAAGGAGAAGCUCCGCGAGGAGAUCGAGGAGUUCAAAGCAGCUGCCGAGCAGCAGAAGGUGGCCGCGGUGAAGAAAGAAGAAGAAGAGCAGCUCUUUAACGGAGUUAGAAUAAAGAAGGAAAAACUCGACGAGGACGAACAGAAGCAACAACAAAGCGAGCAAACUGUCGUCAAAAAGGAGGACUCCAAUGAAAACAGCGAGGUCUCCGAACAGGAAGCCAACCUCGCCGAUAUCGACAAGAUCCUUCAUCCGGUGGCGUCGGUGCACGUGGCUAUGCGGGAGCGUGCUCGCGCACGGCGUAACCUUAUCCUGUGCGCUGCUGGUCCACACAGUCGUGCGUUGAGCGCCAGGCGAGAUUUGGAAAUUCGUCGUCAACUGUGUGGAUUUCCCCCGCAAGAAUGCAACGAGCGUAUUACAGAGCACCAGUCGACGCCUACCAAUCCUGAGCUGCACGAAAUGGUCAUGAAACUGUACCAGAACACCAUGCAACCGAACAAAAUCGAAGUGCAGUAAGCAAAUUUUAAAUGUUUUAGUUUUACGCAAUUGUGAAAGGAAGGGUGGAAAUCUCUUCAAAAGAUAAAUUGUAGGAAUAAUGGUCUAUGAAGUAUUCAAUGUUUUGCUAGGCAGAAAGAGCAUUUUACCCUUCUUUCGUCCCACUUAUAUAUCUUAGACAACAAUGUAUCGUGUCGACCAAUAAAACUAUAUUUUUCUUCCCUGUAGUGUAUUUCAACCGUACAUGUAGGUCAUGGAUAAUAUGAAUAAAUCUUGAUUAGUUGUUAGGUCCAAUCAA